CUGCAGCUGGCAGUCAACAAUGGCAAAGCGACAGCUGUUUCUGAUGUCCUCCUCGGCCGUGCACGGGUUCGCGUACCUGCAGCAUGCCGAAUCCGAUAUAACAUCCUUUCUACGGAGAAAUGGUGUAAAUCGGGUACUGUUUGUACCGUUUGCGUUGACCGAUCAUAAUGGCUAUACGGAUAAAGUCGGAGGUGUACUUAAACGAUGGGGAUUCGCCUGUGACGGGCUGCAUACCUUCUCCGAUCCGGUGGCGGCCGUAAGGGCCGCUCAGGCGAUCUACAUUGGUGGUGGCAAUACGUUCCUGCUGCUACGGACACUUUACGAGCGGAAACUGGUGGAACCGAUACGAGAGCGUGUGCUGCAACAGGGUGUCCCGUACGUGGGCAGCUCAGCUGGUACGAAUGUGGCCACUCGCAGCAUCCAGACCACGAACGACAUGCCGAUUGUGUUUCCGCCCACCUUCGACGCGCUUGGGCUCGUUCCGUUUAAUAUUAAUCCGCACUAUAUGGAUCCGGAAGUUGGUGGCAAGCAUAAGGGUGAAACUCGCGAAGAGCGCAUUAACCAGUUCCAUGAGCUGAACAGUGCGCCGGUGUUGGGACUCCGCGAGGGAACAACGUUGAUUGUCGAUGGGGAAAAGGCCACCUUGCAGGGGAUGUUUCAGGCACGCCUGUUCCGACAGGAGCAUGAACCAACCGAGUACGAUCCAGGAAGUGAUUUGAGUUUUUUGCUGCAUUCAUAA